GACUCAAAAGAACUACUAUCUGUCACUUCUUGACAAUACUCGAUACGACGGAGUUUCUGGUGUCAGGGAGCACAUUCUGAAGCUUGUUCAUUACUAUAACAAGCUUAAGUCAUAUGGGAUUGAUUUGGGUGAAAGCACCUUGGUUUACCGUGUUCUUCAAUCACUGCCAUCAGAGUACGCAUUCUUGAGGACUUCAUACAACUCACAAGAAGCUGAAUGGUCUGUUGACCAGAUGAUAUCGAUAGUCACUCAAGAAGAGGAAGCUAUAAAGAAGAAUUCCUCUCACUCCAUAAACUAUGUUUCCCAUGGCUCUAGCAGCAAAUCUGGAGGGUCACAUAAGAAAAAGGGGAAGAAGCAUGAUGCCCCAAAGCCUAAUAAUCCAACCUUUAAGAAGGAUGGUGAUAAGAGUGAGAAAUCGAGGAAGAAACCCUUUAAAGGGUUAUGCAAUUAUUGCAAGAAACCGGGUCACAUUAAAGCUAAUUGCUUCAAAUUGAAGAACAAACAAGAAAGUGAAGGGGCUAAGAAACCAGAAGGUUCCAAGUGAGGCACAGAGGUCAGUCUUUGGCAUAGCAGGGAGCAAGGCAUCGGUUGAAUGCAUUGGAACUAUUUCUUUGUAUUUAAAUUCUGGUCAUGUUUUACAUUUGAACAAUGUUGUUUAUGUACCUUCUGCGAAGAGGAAUUUAAUUUCAACUUCUGCAUUGGAUAUUUGUGGCUAUUCAUUCUUCCAAGGAAAUGGGAAAAUUGACAUUUGUUUUGAUUCCAUUAAUGUUGGUGUCGCUUCCUUGAUAUAUGGUUUAUAUCGAUUGAAUGAUUGGUCACUUGAACUUCCUAAUCUUCAUGUCAAUGCUGCUAUUGGGCAUAAACGUCAAAGGCCCAAUGA